AUGAUCUAUCCCUCGAUCGAAACACCACCAUCAUAUGACAGAACCGAACAACGACACCAAUAUUACCAUGGACUAGGAGCUGGAAUGGGCCAGUCCACGUCGCGACCGAAAAAGCAGCAGCCCGAGGAGGAGGAAGGAUGGGGCCUUUUCCACCACAGCUCGGACACAAUCUCUGCUCCUAAGGGGGCGGGGCCACAGCAGCUGCAGCAGGGGCAUGAAAACUUGGCUCCCAGCGACUCCGUCCGGCAGAACACAGAUGACGACGCUCCUGGGGCAGGCGAGACGCAGCAUUCUCUUCUGGCUCAAGUCGAAAGUACAGCUCUGGAAGACGAACACGACAUUGAUCCCAGCGCGUCGCCUGUGUCCGAUUCCGUGUGGGGUGAACAGAGCGACAGAAGCGAGCGCGCUGAUGAGGAAGCAGACUGUGAAAACGCUGAGACCAGUCCGCAGAGUGAGAUCCCAGAUCCUCAGCCCGACAGCGCCAGAAAAGAGAACGGGAACGUCGAGACAUCAGAGCCACGCGACGAGAUCGAGCAAGAAGAUACCGAUGAUUAUGGGACAGAUCACACGCAGGAAGACCCCAUAGCGCUAGACACAAAGCCGAGCCUCCAAGCCAACGACAGAGGACCUGGAGUGCACCACCCUUCCAGGCGCACACCAUAUACCUGGUUCGACAUGAUCAUUGAUCUCGACCAUCCCGAACCCCUCGGGCCUGCAGGAUACUUCCCUGGCCCUUCAACGAUGCCUGACUUACCGCCUCUGGGUCCACGGACCAGCGUUCAAGUGUUAUAG